UUGGCUUUGUUAUCCACAGAUCGAUUAUAUAUAUUCUCCAAUAUUUUUUCAUUUUCAUCUCCAACAUGCUAAACUAACUAGGUCAACUACAUAUUUGACCCCCCCCCCCCAACCAAAACAACCCAAUCCCCUACCCUCCUCUUACUAACCAAUAAAUUUUUCAGUCAAUAAAAGGGGAUUUUUCUUAGUGCUCUCUCUGUGACCCUAAAGUAGCCAUUGGCUUUUUUAGGGUAUAUUUGUUUUCUUGCUCGUUAGCGUUUAACAUAUUAUUAUAAGAUAGAAAUUAAACCAUAUAUCUAGCUCAUUCAGUACCAUAUGGAUUUUGCUAAUAUUGUUGAUCCGAGUAACAACGUUAACACUCUCUCAACUCCUCCGUUGAGUCGAUAUGAGAACCAAAAACGUCGUGAUUGGAACACGUUCUGUCAGUAUUUAAGAAAUCAUCAUCCCUUAAUGUCACUUCUUCAUUGCAACAGCAUUCAUGUUCUGGAAUUUCUAAGGUACUUGGACCAGUUCGGUAAGACUAAAGUUCAUAACCAACUUUGCCCCUUUUUCGGGGUACGAGAUCCUCCAGCACCCUGUGCUUGCCCUUUAAGGCAAGCAUGGGGAAGUCUGGACGCUCUUAUAGGGCGUCUUCGUGCUGCUUACGAAGAACAUGGAGGGAAUUCGGAAAUGAACCCGUUUGGGGCUCGAGCAGUUAAGCUAUUUUUACGCGAUGUUCGUAAUUUUCAAUCAAAGUCUAGAGGAAUUAGCUAUGACAAAAAAAGGAAAAGAUCAAGAACAAAUCAGAAAAAUAUAAUAGCAAUGGAAGAAGUUCAUCAGAAUAUUCAUGAUGAUAAUAAUGUAGGUGCAAAUCUUUGUGGACAGGCUAAUAUUGCUAUUGAGUAAUUUUCUUGAGUUUAAUUAUGUAUUGGUACAAUGUAAAAUAAGAACUCAUUUUGCAUACAUUAAUUGACUUAUGUAUAUUAAGUAACUAAUUAGACAAACUAAUUAAAACGGAGGGAGUAUAAUAUAUAUCACACUCUCACGCUUGUUAAUUUUUUGUUGUUGUUGUUGUUGUUUUUCUUUAGU